AUGGGGAAGAGUGUGAGGGAAUUGGAAGUGGAAGACUUGGUGAAUGCAGGGUUGACUGUAGCUGAAGCCAACGAAGUACAUCGCGUUUUGAGGGAUAUUCUGUCUCAGUGUCUCUCUCCCACCGACCCCUCAUUCAUAUGGCGCCGCCUUCUCGCUCACAAACUCCUCAAACCAUCCUUUCCACACUCCUUCCAUCACCUUCUCUACCACUCUGUUUAUCACUCUGCUUUCCACUCUCAACAUGCUUCCCUUCCACUUUAUUGGUUCCCUUCUCUGUAUGUCUUUCUCUGCUUAUCACUUCUCACCACUGCAAUACUAACUCACCUACUAUCUCUCUCCAUAUGUCAAUCUCCACUCACUUCUCCUUUUCAUUUCAGGGAGCACUCCAAACGCACCAACCUUGGCCGUUUCAUGGAGACUCAUGCCCCUCAACUUUUAGGACUUUCCUACAAAGACCCAAUUACCAGUUUUCCUCUCUUUCAAAAGUUUUCUCUGUACUGGUCCCUUGUUCUGAAGGAACUUUCGGUCACCUUUGUUGAACCUCCCAAGUGCAUUUUAGAUACUUCUGACCCUUCUAGACAUGGAGGGACUUGGCUUCCCGGUUCCGUCCUCAACAUUGCUGAUUGCUGUGUGCAACCCAGUUCACAUCCCUACAAACCAGAUGACAGUUUAGCCAUUGUUUGGAGAGAUGAAGGUUUUGAUGAUUCCGAGGUUAAUCGUAUCACGCUUAAACAACUCCGACAACAAGUAAUGUUGGUGGCGAAUGCAAUAGAUACCAGAUUCUCGAAAGGGGAUGCAAUUGCCAUUGACAUGCAAAUGACUGUCAAUGCAGUGAUUAUAUAUCUAGCCAUUGUUCUAGCAGGAUGUGUCGUGGUAUCAAUAGCUGAUAGUUUUGCACCAAAAGAAAUUGCAACUCGACUGCGUGUUUCUAAAGCAAAGGGCAUUUUCACUCAGGAUUUCAUAUCAAGAGGUGGCAGGAAAUUCCCUUUGUACAGUCGAGUCAUUGAAGCAGCAGCAUGCAAAGCUAUCGUGCUUCCUGUGAUUGGUGAUGAUCUAGGUGUGCAAUUAAGAGAAUGGGAGCCAAAAGCAAUUCCUUGGACUCAACUUUCUCCGAUAAGAAGUGCUGCAGAUGGAUGGGCUUUCGUUGAUAUUCAACCUGAAGAUGUCUAUUGCUGGCCUACAAAUUUAGGAUGGGUGAUGGGACCAACACUUAUAUAUUCAUGCUUUCUAUCAGGUGCAACUCUUGCGCUGUACCAUGGAUCUCCUCUAGGCCAUGGUUUUGGAAAGUUCGUUCAGAACAUGAACCCCCCAUUACUGCUUCAUACACUAAUUGUCGCAAUGAUGUUGUAUUCUGCAUCAAAAGAAUUUGAUACACUGCCCAAAGAUCAUCAUUCAACUGCAAUUUUUCAGGAUGCAGGUGUCACUAUUUUGGGAACGGUUCCAAGCUUAGUAAAAACGUGGAAGAAUACACACUGCAUGGAGGGCUUGGAUUGGACAAAGAUAAAAACAUUUUGUUCGACUGGAGAAACUUCAAAUGUUGAUGAUGACCUCUGGCUUUCUUCACGGUCUUGUUACAAACCAAUCAUUGAAUGUUGUGGAGGCACUGAGCUUGCAUCUUCAUACAUCAUGGGAUGUCCACUGCAGCCUCAAGCUUUUGGAGCAUUUAGCACAGCAUCAAUGACAACUGGUUUGGUCAUCCUUGACGAAAAUGGAGUUCCUUAUCCAGAGGAUGUUGCCUGUGUUGGUGAAGUGGGCUUGUUUCCAAUAUAUAUGGGAGCAACUGAUAGAUUGCUUAAUGCUGAUAAUGAUGAGGUUUACUUUAAGGGAAUGCCAAUGUACAAAGGAAAGGUUCUUCGGCGACAUGGAGAUAUAAUCAAAAGAACUGCCGGAGGCCAUUUCAUUGUACAAGGAAGGGCUGAUGACACAAUGAAUCUUGGUGGAAUAAAGACAAGUUCUGUAGAAAUUGAGCGUGUCUGUGAUAGGGCUGAUGAAUGCAUUUUGGAGACAGCUGCAGUCAGUGUUGCACCUGCACAUGGAGGCCCAGAACAACUGGUUAUAUUUGUAGUUUUAAAGAAAGGGUACAAUUCAAAUGCAGAAACUCUAAAAAGGAAAUUCGCUAAAGCAAUUCAAAGCAACCUUAAUCCUUUGUUUAAGGUGAGCCUUGUUAAAAUUGUGCCAGACUUUCCUCGAACAGCUUCCAACAAAUUACUAAGGAGGGUUUUGAGAGAUCAAAUGAAGCAAACUGCAAAGGACACGUACAAAUCGGAAGUAUUAGACUCUCUUCGCUACUCUUGCCAACACCAAAUUGUAACUGCUGCCGGCAAAAAGGACAAAAUUUACCCCAAGCAGUGA